AUCACUAGGAGGAACAGCCAAAGGUCUCAUCUAGACAGUUAAGGAGAAGCUCCUCUGUGAAUGUCAUCCGACAUGGAGGGGAUGACAGGAAGUGUGUUGUUGUUGUGCCUGUUGUGCCUUAUCAGCCUAACUAAUGCAAAUACCAGUCCUAUAAUCCUCAAUGUUAUUGAAAGUGUAUGUGAAGACAUCCCCAUAGGUGCCGUUGCGUUUACUAUAAAUGCAACAGAUGCAGAAAAUGACCCAUUGACUUAUUCACUCAGUGGGCCAAAUGCAGCAUACUUCAAAGUUGACAGCAACACUGGGAGCGUAUCAGUCAUUAGGGAACUAGAUAGAGAGGGGGGUGGUGAUGUAAUGACGGUUGGAGUUGCUGUCUCUGAUGGUCUCAAUGAUGUGAAAAAAACGUUAACCAUACUAUUAGCAGAUGCCAACGACAACAGACCCAUAUUUCAGGAGUCUUCAUAUGAUGUUGAGAUCCGAGAGAAUACCAAUGUAGGGACGUCUCUGUUUAGGGUGCAGGCCAACGAUUUAGACACUGGAAAUGCCGGUGUUAUUCACUACAGCAUUGAUGAAGUUUCUCCAAAUGAAGGAUUCAGUCUGUUCAGCAUUGUAAGCAUAACUGGUGAAGUCAGACUUAGUGGACGUCUGAAUUAUACUGCAUUGAACACUUUCUACCGGCUGAAGAUUAACGCAACUGAUGGUGGAGGUCGAUGUUAUUAUAAAGAAAACAAAUUCUUCUCAAGCGUUGUUUUUUCCUUCAUUACGGUUGUUGACGUCCCAGACCUUGACCCACUGUUCAUUGGGCUUCCCUACGUCGGGAGAGUCGCGGAGAAUUCUACUUUAGGCAUGUCUGUGUUUAAAGUGACUGCCAUAGACCAGGACACAGGAGUCAAUGAUGUUGUCAUUUAUAGUAUUGAAGAUUCCACGCCAGGUGGCUUGUUUCAAAUCUCAAGAGAUGAUGGCAUCAUAUCUGUACGGUCACCAAUUGACAGAGAAGAUAUUGGUGACAUUGUUACCCUGACUGUAAAGGCAACGGAGUCUAAGACAAACAUCCACGGCAUCUAUGCCAGCACCACAGCAAGUGUACAGAUCAACAUCAUCGACAUCAAUGACAACAAGCCGGAGUUUUAUAAGUGUGGAGACGAGCUCUCCUGUGUGAAGGCGACUCACUUCACGGGAGAAGUCUUUGAACACUCGUUGGGGACUGUUCCCAUCAACAUGACGGUCAAAGAUCUGGAUAAGAUUUCCACUACUGUACUAACCCUGAAGGGAGCAUACAAGGAUGUGUUUUCUGUGGAACCCCAAUCUACCAUGUCGGACAGCAUCGUUCAGCUUCUGGUCAAACAGCCCCAAGCACUGGAUUAUGAAUUAAAACAGGAAAUGGUUCUUGAAGUGAUUGCCACAGAUCAAGAAAAACCCAGCUUCCAGUCCACUGCUACAGUUACAAUUAAGAUCAAGGACAUCAAUGACAACAGCCCUGUUUUUCCAAAGGACACCUAUAAGCUGAAGGUUCCUGAGCACUCUCCUGCUGGGACAGAAGUGGCAGUCAUUACUGCGGAGGAUCCUGACACAAUGGAUCAAGGCAACCUCACCUACAGACUUCUUCCAGACAGCAUACUACCAUAUUUUGACGUGGAGCCACAUACGGGCAAAAUUUAUGUGAAAAACAAAACUCUGGUGGAUCGCGAGGUCAGAUCUCUGUUUUCAGCAACUCUGCAGGCCAAGGACACGGACGAAAAGCCCGGCACCACAGUACUGGAGAUUACUCUAACUGACAUAAACGACCAGCCUCCAGUCAUGAGCAGGGACUCUUACCGGGAGUUUGUUAAUGAGGGUGGACAGCUUGAACUUAAGAUAGAGGCUUCUGAUGCAGAUGACCCAGGUACGGAAAACAGCCAGAUAGUGUUUGGAAUCGUACCAAGCAGGUACAGUGAUAACUUCACCAUUGACCCCAACACCGGCAUGUUAAGAAACAAGGGUGAGCUUGAUCGUGAGGCCAUAGACCCGAAGCUGGAUGGGAGGAUCGAGCUCAAUAUAACAGCAACUGACAAGGGUAUUCCCCCAUUGUCCAGCAUGGUCACAGUCAUCAUCAAUGUAGAGGAUAUCAAUGACAACUCACCACAAUUUAAAGCCUCUUUUUACAAAUUCACUGUUAAAGAAGGAGAAAAAGGUGCAUAUGUGGGUUCUGUUUACGCAGAGGAUUUGGACCAAACAAGCACACAUAACCGCAUUUCUUUCAGCAUCGUUAAUGGAAGCUUCGGCAGCUUUAUGAUUCGCACCUUUGCAGAGGAUCGAGGUUACAGGGGAAAAAUCAAUGUGGACCAAGACAUUGAGCUGGACUACGAGAGCACUCUCAAGCAAUUCAGACUGCUGGUAGAGGCAGCAGAUCUGGAACAGAAGAAAGCUGAAGUGAUGGUGCAAGUGAACGUGUUGGAUGUGAACGAUGAGAGGCCCGAGUUCAAACCGACCAAGCCCGUGACCGUGAAGGAGAACACCAACAUCAAUGGGGCUGUUGGAAAAUUUACAGGGUAUGACAAAGAUGGAAACCACUCACUGGUCUAUGAGGAGGAAUCUAUCAAAUGCAGAUGCAACGGCUCUCUGACACCCUGCAGUAACUUUAUUCUGGAUCCGACGGGGGAAGUCCGACUCAAUCUGACCAACCUGGUGGAUUAUGAACAAUGUGACCAGGUGGUGAUAGAGGCUCAGGUGGUGGAUGAGUACACAGAGAAAGGAGAGAAAAACAGUGUCACAACAGGACAAAUGGUGAUCAACAUUGAAGACAUCAAUGACAAUGCUCCAGAAUUCAUUGUGUCCAAUUCUGUAUUUGUUGUGGUGUCAGAAAGCGCAAGUAAGGGGACAUCUGUUGCAGCAGUCACUGCUACAGACCGUGACUCUGGAAUAAAUAGGCAGAUUGAGUUUAAAGUAACAACAGUCCAAUUUGAAGAAAUCAACAAUCAUAUAAGUAACAUGAGGACGCUGUUCGAGGCCGUCACCACACAGCAAAAGGACAUUUAUGUUGGAAUUAUUCAAACUACAGAGGGGCUUGAUAUUACACUGAAAGGGAAGUACUUGGUAACAGUAUCUGCAACUGACACCGGCGGCCUCUCCACAAGCACUGUGCUGGAGAUUUUCACAGUUGAUGAGUCCUAUAAAGUUGAACUUGAAUUUACAUCUUCCCAAGCUGAUGUUGAAAAAAACCUCAAUGAAAUCAGAAGGGCACUUACUGCUGCCACCAAGUCCGCUGUUGAAAUCGUUGCCAUCAGGUCAGACACUCCUCAAGAAUCCAGGGAUCCAGGUAAAACUAUUAUAGUGGCAUAUUUUGUCUACUCCAACGGGACUGCUCUUACUUCUAAUGAAGUGGAAAAGAUGCUCUCUGAUCCUAAACAUUAUCCUGUGCUGGGGCAGCUUGGCCUCGCGAACAUUGGGAAGGCUCCUGCGAUUGAACAAGACACAGACCCUGUGCAGUACAUCCUGCUGGGGAUGGUAGGAGGCCUCAUCAUCAUACUGGCCAUCCUCACCACCUCCCUAUUGUGCACUCGCAGAAACUACAGGAGGAAGCUAAAGGCAGCUAAAGCCAUGAACUCUGCAUCCAUGGUGACUUCUGACAACCAGAAAGGUGGUCCUGUGGUGCCUGGAACCAACAAGUACACCAUGGAGGGGGCUAAUCCUGUUCUCAACCUCAACAUCGACACAGCCAUGGUCCUGGACUUGGAUGAGGAGAGCUCAGAUGUGGACAAAGUCAGCCUCAACUCCCUGGACUACAGUGAUGACAUGACUGAAAGGGAUUCACAACCUAUCAUGCAGAUGAUCCGGGAGGAAGAGGAGGAAGAAACUGGGACACCAGAGUACAUUGAGCCUCUGGGUGCAGCACUGGCCCAGCGGGGGCAGGAGAAAGGCUCCAAAAAUCCUCGGGUGGGUUUCAGUAACCCUGCGUUCAACACUACAGACCUAUGAUGGAAAUGAUGUGAAGGGAGAGAUGCUGACCAGAAGCCUACGGUGGACUUUUGUUGCUUCUCUGUAAUCACCAAAAUACCAUUUAAACAUAUUGAUGGUUUAUGGUUGGAUGAAGUCCGCAUGUCUUCAAAUGGCCUUCUGUUCUGAUUAAUUGUAAUGUAUUACUGAUAUUAUACACAAGAUUCAUGGCACCUAAAGUGAUGAAUUAGCUUUUUCCAAACAUUCAAUUCAAGGAAAAACAAGAAGUAAAACCAAAAUGGGAGAUGUCCAGAAAACAGUAUAAUGAUAUCAUGGAAUUUGGUUUGUUAACAGUUAAAGGAAUAGCUUGACAUUUUGGGAAAUAUGUUUAUUCACUUGAAGUUCGAUACCACUCUCAUAUGUGUCCAACAAAUAUGAAGCUAUGGCCAGGAGACCAUAGCUUAGCUUUAGGAUUAAAAACAGCUGGUCUGGCUGUGUUCAAAGCUAACCAACACCUUGUUUGUUUAUUCCGUACAAAAAUAUAUAAAACUGUAGAUAGACGCAGGCUUCAUGUUUAGCCCAUGAGAGUGGUUUAAACUUGGCAAGAAAGCAAAUAGGUGUACUUCCCAAACUGUCGAACUCCUCUUUUAAAACAUAAACCUUAUCGAGAUAAUGAAAAAUUGGACAAAUGCAGUGGGAAAGCAAACAAAACAAUUGUUUGUUGCACAUGUGAAUCACUUUAUUUUUGUUAAUAUAUUAAGCCACAGUUUAAAAACUGUUUGGUUUGAAAUAAACUGUAUGAUAAGGUAUGUCAACACACAAUGCUAAUUUUUGUUUGAAAAUCCAAAAAGAGGAAAGAGGAUCUAGAGAGGAGAAUAUUGCAUAAUGUCAGUGUCUGAUUUAAAUCCUUAUUUAUAACUGCACAUCAGCCAAAAGGUUUACCCUAUUGCAUGUUUAAUUUGUCAGUGUUUGCGUUGGGUUUGAGAUAUGAAAUAAAACCUCAUGCAGUGUGAUUUUGUGACUUCGUACAAGUAGCAAAUUGAGAAAAAAAAUGAUUUCACUGUUUACUGACAUCUAAAUGAAUGUAUCACAAGUGCAAUCUGUGAAUAAAAUUGAC